GGGCCAGUUGUAGUCCCGUUCACGCAUACUGCUGAGUGUAGCGUGGGUGCAUGGGGAGCAUUGCAAAGCCGGGCAAAGCUUUAGCAAAUUCUGCUGUAAAUUUGGAUUUUUCCGGAAUUCCUUUACGUGCCGAACAGCAGCUCAAGUUGAGUAGCUCAUGGUUCAUGACAAGUGAUAGUGAUAAAAGUGAAAACAUGGAGAUUUAGUACAGGCUAAAUGCCGGGUAAAUAGCACUGAAAUACGUCUCCACGUUAGGAGCAAAUUACCAACAGUGCCAUAGUGCAGAGGAGGCUUGCAGCAAUGGCAGGCAAGGGUCGUGGGAUAGGUGCCUUUUCCUUCAACGUCGAGGCGCUGGGCAUCGGCAGGGGCAGCAUGCCAGAAUCCAGGGUGGGGCCCAACCCGCUGUUUCCAAAUACCGACUUCAAGGCGGUGCCUCUGAAAGCGGGCGAGGAUGAGGACUACAUGCUGGCCUUAAAACAGGAGAUGAGGGGAACGAUGCAACGGCUACCGCACAACAUUAAGCCUUUGUCCAAUAAAUCAGAAGUGGAGAGAUACACCGAGAGAUACCUUAAGCAAAGACUGAUGGAAGAUAAGGAUUGGAGUCCAGAAUGGAGCCUCCUUCCAAAAGAAUUGAUGCCCCAAAAGAAAAAAACUACUAAACCAGGUUCAAAGAAGAAAACUGUGAAGAUAUCAGGAAAGGACGCGGCAGAUUUGCUAAACAAAUUAGAUAACCUGGCAAAGAAAGAUGAAGGAAACCCUGAAAAAUCAGAUGAUGAGACUGAAAAGAAACCUGGGAAUGAGGAAGACGAGGAAGAUAUUGAAGAGGAUAUUGAGGAGGAGGAUGUUGAGGAGGAGAAUGACUACAUUGACAGCUAUUUUGACAAUGGUGAAGAUUUUGCACCAGACAGUGACGAGAAUAUGGAUGCCGAAGCAACAUACUGAGAUAUUGGCCAUGCAAACUCACUGUUGAAGGAAAUCAUCAUUACGCAAUGCCUUGUGUGUGUGUGUGUGUGUUUGUGG